CCAACAUUUUCUUCAUCCAUUCUCCGCGUUGAAUCAUGAGCUCUAUAGUUUGCCUUUUGUUUCUUCCUUAAUUACGAUUCUACCACUCUGGUUAUGACUACCGCCUCCUCACCGGAAAACUGUAUGCCACCUAACCGCUCCUUCCUCCUCUCUACUUUUCCAUCUAUAAACAAACCGUUAUUUCUACACAGUGAUGGCGUCUCCGAGAAGUUACCGGAGAGUAAUCGACGAGAAGAAUCGGAAGGGAAAGUUGUCGGAGAAAUCCAUGUCGUUUCAAGGAUAUAUCUCAGGGAGAACUUCAGAGAUGUCACGAAGACCUAGGACAGUUCCGGAUUUGUUCUCCGUCAAGGGAUCUGCCGCCGGUUCUCCGCCGGAGUUACAUGUUAGGCCGAAGUUAACGAAGUUGCUGUUGAAUGUAACGAUUCAGCGGAGUCUAGGCCCCGUACAGGUGCUGAUAUCACCGGAAUCAACCGUUCAUGAUCUCAUCGUCGCCGCUGUACGGCAAUACUCGAAGGAAGGAAGACGUCCAGCACUUUCCUCCACAGAUUUCUCCGAUUACAAUCUUCACUACUCGCAGUUUAGCUUAGCCAGUUUGGGCAGAGCAGAGAAGCUGAUGGCGUUGGGAACAAGAAACUUCUUUCUGUGCCCGAAAAAGUUAUGCGCUGAAACUUCAAUGUGCAGUGAUUUAACGGCGUCGUCUUCUAGAUGGAAAAAACAAGCUCAUACGGAUGUGAUCAGUAUAGAUUUGCCUUGGCCUAAAUUCAUGGAUUUCAUGCUGUGAACAUUUACAGCUUCACAACUUGGUAACUUUUUUCUUUUACCCUAUCAGUUUUCUAAGUUGAUCGAUCUCGCCACAGUAAUUUUAUAAAGGUCGAGAUUGUUGUGCUGUACAUUAAUCACUGUUGUAGACGAAUUCCAUAUGUAGCAGUAAUUAGGUUCUAGUAUUUAUUAUGGAUAGUUAUUUUGUAAAUAUUUCUAGUAGUAUGUAAUAUAUAUA